AUGACUAUUCCAACCUGGAAAUCAACCGUCUACAAGAAGCGCGCAGCUCAGCUGGCCGCAAUUCCACCUAGUUGGCGUCUCCCGGAGUCCAUCACUGCCGAUCCGCCACUUAACGCUCUAGAGGCAAUCCGCUCCUGUGACAUUCUCACGGAGAAAGAGCUGGAAUGGACGGAGAUAAACGAUAGUACUGUGCUGCUUUCUAUGCUGGCGAGCCGCGAGAUUAGUUCCGUUCAGCUCACGACGGCGUUCUGUAAGCGCGCGGCCAUCGCCCAGCAGCUUACCAAGUGCUUGACGGAGAUCUUCUUCGACAGGGCUCUGGCGCGGGCUAAGGAGCUCGAUGAUAUCUUGGAGAAGACGGGGAAGGUGACAGGACCGUUGCAUGGGCUGCCGGUUUCGAUUAAGGAUCGGUUUGAUGUUGAAGGGUUUGAUACUACCGUUGGCUGGGUUGGACUAGUUGGUAAACCCGCGAAAAGCCACAGCAGUAUUGCAUUGUCGCUGGAGUCAAUGGGUGCAGUGUUGUACGUGAAGACUAAUGUGCCACAGUCUCUGAUGAUGUCUGAUUCCUACAACCAUGUAUUCGGACAAUCCAUCAACGCAUUCAACAGCCAACUCAUCUCUGGCGGAAGCUCCGGCGGCGAAGGCGCCCUCAUUAGCACGGGUGGCAGUGUGGUUGGUAUCGGAACAGAUAUCGGGGGCUCAAUUCGCGUCCCAGCCAAUCUGCAGGGUUUAUACUCGAUCUGUCCUACCACAGGCCGAGUACCAUGGAACUGCUCAUUCAUGCACCAACACUACCUCGUUCCUCCAGUCGCAGGGCCCAUGGCCCGCAGUCUAUCCAGCAUCGAGCAUUUCAUGCAAUCCCUCCUCGACUCCAACCCUUGGAACAUCGACCCAGGCUGCAUCCCAAUCCCUUGGAGAAAGGAACUUGCUGCGAAACCCACAGGUAAACUACGACUGGGAAUAGUCUACGACGACGGCGUAGUCAAGCCGCAGCCCCCAAUCGCCAGGGCAAUGCGCGAAGUUGCAGAGAAACUCAAAGAGGCUGGUCAUGAAGUCUUCGAAUGGGACACCUCCCUCCACGUCACAGGCCAAAACCUGUGGACAAAAGCCAUCCUCGCCGACGGAGGCCAACACUGUCGCUACCUAUGCGACAUUGUCGGGGAGCCACUGAUCGAAGGAAUGGUUGUAGGGACAGAGAAAGAUGAACUGACCAUCUCAGAACGCGAAGAGCUCGAAGAAACCAAAUGGGCCUACCAAACCACCUUCCUCCAACAAUGGACAUCAAGCAACCUCGACGCCCUCCUGAUGCCCGUCACACCCUGGGUCGGCUACCGGCCGAAAUCCUGGGUCGUUAGUUCCCAGUGGCUCGGCUACACGGCUCUCUGGAACUUGCUUAAUUACGCAGCUGUUACUGUUCCGGUGGCUAAAGUGGAUGGUGCGCUUGAUCAGCCCGAUCAGGAGUGGUUGGAGCAUGUGCCUAGGAAUGACUCGGAUCGGUUUAAUUGGGAACAGUAUGACCCUGACUUGGUCAAAGACAUGCCCAUCACGGUACAAAUCGUUGGAGGCCGGUUUGGUGAAGAAAAGGCCGUUUCGGUGGCUAAGGUGUUGGAUGAGGUUUUGCGGUAG